CAAAUCAAUCAUCUUAUUAACUCCAAAUUGAUCUCAUCUCUCGUUUAGGUCGCUAGACACAAUAACGUAAUAGUUAUAUCAUAUACGCCUGUCGCAAUUUGCCGCAGCGGCGUGCGAUGCAUAUUUUAUACGCACACAUGCACGCAUACGUACACGCAUAAAAGAAGAGGAAUAUUUAGCACGUAUCCAGUGUAUACGUGUCACGAGCGCCGCACACAUAUGUCAGAAUUGUACUCUUCUGAUUGCUUUCGAUCCCACUUUGGAGUUCAAUUAGAGGUGGUGUGAUGCGCGUGGUGUGAUGCUCAAAAGAUGCCCGUGAUCAGUUUUUUGUCAUCCUACUGUAGCGAGAUAACGACGGAAAUGUCAAGGACUUUGUCGCGUCAUGGUGGACGAUAAAGCGUCGAUUACUGCGGAAACCAAAUACCGUGCGGUAGAUGCAGAUCGGGACGACAACUCCAGGGAGACGCGCGUAGAAGCAACGAUGCCUUCGGAGUUGAGAUCAGUCAGUGCGAGUGACUGGAUCACAGUCGCCGUGCUAUGUUUCGUGAAUCUUAUCAAUUAUAUGGACCGUUUUACGGUCGCCGGGGUACUGAAGGACGUCAAGAAGGACUUUGAUAUUGGUAACGAUAUGUCAGGACUGCUACAAACUGCAUUUAUCCUGAGCUAUAUGAUAUUUGCGCCAUUGUUUGGAUACCUGGGAGAUCGCUAUAGUAGAAAGUUAAUUAUGAGCGGUGGGGUAUUCUUAUGGUGCUUAACAACAUUUAUUGGUUCUUAUAUGAAGACAUUUGGAUGGUUCCUAUUUUUUAGAGCACUUGUUGGUAUAGGAGAAGCGAGUUACUCUACAAUUGCACCAACAAUAAUUAGUGAUUUAUUUGUGAAAGAUGUACGUUCUAAAAUGCUUGCCCUGUUUUACUUCGCUAUUCCAGUUGGAAGUGGUUUGGGAUAUAUCAUAGGAGGUGAAACAGCUCGUAUCGCUGGUAACUGGCAAUGGGGAUUACGCAUUACUCCUAUACUAGGUAUUAUAGCAAUUCUACUGUUACUGACCGUAGUCAAAGAUCCUAUUAGAGGCGAAAGAGAAGGUGGCGUUCACUUGACGAGUACGACGUGGUCGCACGAUAUCAAGGAGCUAUUAAAAAAUCCAAGCUUUAUGCUGUCUACUGCAGGAUUUACUUGUGUGGCGUUUGUCACUGGUGCUCUGGCAUGGUGGGCGCCGACAUAUUUACAAUUAGGUUUUAAAAUACUUCCUUAUGGAAUCCAUGUCGAUUCAGAAGAAGUUGCAUAUAAGUUUGGAUUAAUUGGUAUGGCAUCUGGUUUAAUAGGUGUACCAUUAGGUUCUACCAUAGCACAAAAAUUACGAACCUAUUGGCAACAAGCUGAUCCUCUAAUAUGCGCCAUAGGUCUUCUAAUAAGUGCACCUUUAUUAUUCUUCGCUAUGAUUACUGCCAAUACAAACUCCACUCUCUGUUACACAUUAAUAUUCUUUGGUCAAUUGUCAUUAAAUUUGAAUUGGUCUAUUGUAGCAGAUAUGUUAUUGUAUGUAGUAAUUCCUACAAGAAGAUCUACAGCAGAGGCAUUCCAAAUACUUAUCGCACAUGCUCUUGGAGAUGCAGGCAGUCCCUAUUUGAUUGGAUUAAUAUCAGAAGGAUUAAAGUCCACUCUCUUACCAGAUUUAGCUAUAGGAGGACACUCUGCCAAUGACAAUCAAAACACAAUUGUCGAGUUUCGUAGCCUACAAUAUGCAAUGUUUCUUACAAUGUUUGUAGAAGUAAUUGGUGCUCUGUUUUUCUUCCUGACAGCACUACACAUACAAAAAGAUAAAGCAUUGGUCGAUCUUGCUAUUGCAGGUGGAAGUAUUUCAGACUCAGUAUGUAUUUGCAACGAUGCAGUUGAUAGUGAAUUGCAAAAUGAUAGAAAUACGAUAUUAGAAUAUAAUAGGCAUUACGAAGAACCGUCUUCUCAUAUAUAAAGUUUUUAUAGUCUUCAUACUUUAGAUAAGUUAUGAUUAUUACGAUUGUACAGUACGGAUUUAACAAACAUGUAUACUGAUUUGGUUUUAUAAAAGAAAAUGUGUCAUAUAUUGACACAAAAAUAUAUGUUCUGUAUACAGAACGUAUUUAUAUAAAGAAAAUCUGCAUAUAACCAUAACGAAGAAUAUCCUCAGAGAGGUAGUUGUGCAAGUCACCACUGUUAAUAGUGUACAAAACAAUUGAUUCGAAAAUAAUGAAACACUUAGGAUGUGGAUAAAACGUCGCCUAUAUAAAUUGUAAAAUAUUUUUAAAUUAUAUUUUUAUAAUCGCUCAUUGCAAAUUCACAUAUGUAGCAUAUUAUUGAAAUCAUAAUAUGUGCAAAUUACAUGAACGAUAAGGCUGUAUUAGUAAAUCAUUUGCAUAUGAGAUGCAUAAGUAAUUUUCAGAGUAAAUUGUCAGUAACAUUCACACUGCUUCUGUAUUAAGCUACUAUAAAACUAUUAAGAAUUAUAUGAUUCUUAACAUCACAUUAUAACAUCAGAAACUGUAUUCUAUAACAUUAAUUAUAUAAAUAUAUAUAUAUAUAUAUAUAUAUAUAAAAUAAUAAUAAUAUGUAUUAAUUAAGUUUGCCGAUGUGUAAUUAAGUAAAUGUAGAUAGACAUUUUGAUAAUUACAAGUAUAAAUAUGACUGUA